UCCCUAAUAUUCGAACAUAAUCUAGUCUCUACUCUCUACUACCCACAGAAUCCAUAUUGUAAUGUUUCUUUUGGGAUGGAUUAGUAUGCGAUCUCCUGCGGUCAAAUCUGACAUUGUGUUUGUUCUCGAUGCCCCUGAAGCAACAUGGGGAAAUUAGACUGAAUUUUGUCUACGACUUCUUUUUUCCGGGAGUGAGGUAGCUCUUUGUGAUUUUGCUUUUGUAGUAACAGGAUGCAGAUGGGCUGUACCUAGCCUUUUUUUUCGAUUCAGGGUCAGCUAGAUCCCUGCCCGAUAAGCCAGUAGAAACAGAUAGCAGGAAACGUUCAAUGUGUACUGGUUCCUAGAGCGGUCGAUCGUUCGAUCUGGGAUCUACCCACAUCCAGGGUCAGUUUAAUAUUGCGGUCCAAAUUAUAUGACUAGAAAAUAUAUUAUUUGAAGUUUCUAAUAAUAUAAUUUUUGCGAUAUAUAACUUGAUCAAAUUGUUAAUCUAAAGGAUACGCCGCAGCCCUAAUAAAUUGAAAAGAGGUAGUAACACUACUGAUCGGACCCAUUAAGGCCUUGUACAAUCCAAGGUGCUUUGCGGAGGUGCUUAGAGAAAUAAAUCAAGAUUUUCCUAAGCACCGGUGCUUAUUUGUUCAAGGUAGAUGCUUAAUUAGAUGUCUCUUCUGUAGAAAUAAAACUCAGUUUAUUUUUCUAAGCACCUAGCAUUGUUAACAAGACUGUUCGAUGAAUCAGUAUCAUUUCAACCAUCGAUAUACUUGCACGCCUCACAAAUUCAUGCAUAUCCAUCUAGAGAUACUCAAGAGAUGGAUUUGUUAAUUAGCCACCCCGUAUCUUCGCUGCACUAAGUAAUCGGAGUCACCAAUGCAUGCAUAUCCAUCAAGAGAUACUCCAGAGAUGGAUUCAUCUGAGUCUAUUUAAGACACGACCUCCAAAUGAAGGACACACGCUCAACCGCCUUUCUGGCUUCAUCGAACAUAGCCCUAGUAUAGAGCUCGGAGGAAUCAACCAUGUCUGUUUUAUAUGCUUGUAAGCUCUGCCUCCUCCUUGUUCUGCUGAAUUCGGCCAGCCACACCGUCGCCGGCACUGUGGCACCACCGACACCGAGCGCGGGAUUCAGUCUGCCUAUCGUGUCCAACCACAACACUGCUGGCAUGCUCGGGCAGCUUGGCGCGAACCUCACGAGCAUAGGUCCGCACAUAGCCCCCGUGGGGUGGCCCUUGUACGGCGUCCUCGUCGGCGUCGGCUCCGGCCAAACCCGGCACUUCUACAAGCUCGGGCUGGACCUCGUCAGCAAUCUGACUUGGAUGCAGUGCCAGCCCUGCGUGCCUGAGGUUCGGCAGGAGGGCGCCGUCUUCGACUCUGCUUUGUCCCCUCGCUACAAGCACAUGAAGCCCACAGACCCCAAGUGUACGGCCCCCUACACCCCCUCCAGCAGGAACCGGUGCAGCUUCUACACCACCUCCUGGAACGUCGCCGCGCACGGCUACCUCGGCAGCGACACGUUUGCCUUCGCAGGCAGCCCCAGCGCAGGAGGAGGACACAACAGGGACGUCGACAACCUCAUCUUGGGCUGCGCACACACGACACACGGGUUCGAGCGCCUGAGCCACAACAUUCUCGCCGGGGUCCUGAGCUUGAGCAGGCACCCGACGUCGUUCAUGAGCCAGCUCACCGCACGCGGGCUGACGGACUCGCGGUUCUCAUAUUGCCUCUUUCCCGGACAGAGCCACCCCAACACCAGGCACGGGUUCCUCCGCUUUGGCCGCGACAUCCCGAGGCACGACCAUGCGCAGAGCACGUCGCUGCUGUUCACUGGAUCGGGCUACGGCCAAAGUAGCAUGUACUACAUCCGCAUCGUCGGCAUCAGCUUGAACAGGAAAAAGCUUAACGGGGUAAAGACGGCGAUGUUUAGGCGGGAUCUACAAACCCGUCGCGGGGGGUCCGUCAUCGACCCCGGGACUCCCCUGACCAGGCUGGUUCGCGCGGCGUAUGACGUCGUGGAGGCCGAGGUCGCGGCGGACAUGCACAAGCAGGGGGCGCGCCGCUCGACGGUGCCGGUGCAGGGGUACCACCUCUGCUUUGGCUCGUGGGGCCACGUGCACUUUCCGAGCUUGACCUUCAACCUGUACGAAGAAGCGACGAGGCUUUUUAUCAAGCCGGAACUGCUGUUCGUGAGGGUGAACCAUGAGCACCUGUGCUUCGCCGUCGUGCCGGACGAGGAGAUGACGGUGAUUGGCGCGGCGCAGCAGGUGGACACGCGGUUCACAUUUGACCUCCCGGGGAAUCGUCUCUACUUUGCCCAGGAGCAUUGUAGUGCUGACACUCACCCAACUGUCUAGAUCCUAGAGAGUACUAUAUGUAUCUGCGCCGAAUGCAUUCAUCAUUAGUUGGUGCAUAAACCGAUGUGGGAACAAUUUAAGAAUAAUGGGUUACAUUCCUAAUUAUAAUGCUGAAUUUAAUGAUGAUGAUUGGUGCAUUCUUACCCUCCUAAAUUUUGCAGGAUAUUUAAG